UAUAAAUGCGACCUUCCAGAGUAUGGUUUCUCUUACUUGAAAACACUCUGCAUCAGAUGUGUCCACCGAUUGAUGUCUGCCAAACCAUUUUAAACAUUACGACUGACAAGCUACAUACGUCAGCCCAGUAACAGACCAGGUCGUGAUCAACAGCGAAGGGCCGGAGUCUGUCAUACACGUUCAUUCUGCUUGGCGUCCGGCGUAGGGGACUUCUAACUGCUGUUCAAAACUGAAAGAUAUCUCAUUCUUUUGUCUGUAUAUUAGAGCACAUAUCCGACAAUAAUAUACGUCAAAUACUGGUUAAUUACUGACAGGAAUGAUGUUAAAUGAAGUCAUCACAAUUAUGUCUUGGAUUGUUUAUCGGGAGUUUGCAGAAGGAUAUAUAGUUGGAUCGACAGGAAAGCAAGCUCGUGCCAGCACCUUCCAUCCUAACAUGAGGCCAGAGAUGGCUGUUGAUGGGAACACCAACGCUGUCUGGCCAAACGUGUUUCACACAUUGGAAACUGAUUCGUCUCCCUGGUGGCAGGUUGACUUGGCUGAGGAAGUAUUCUCACCUGAAGUGACGGUCUACUUUCGUUCUGACUAUGCUCUUCGCCGUAAUGGAGUGAAGAUAUCACUUUCACGAUCUAAUUCGACAAGCGCUGCUGUAUGCCACACUGUAACAGGGAAGGCUGAUGGAUCUGACAUCCCAACUGUCUACACCAUUCGCUGUUACGAUAGGGGGCGCUACUUGACUUUGUCAACCCUGACUGAUAAUGGAGAUAACAUAGUCCUCGACUUUGGCGAGGUCAAGGUUCAUGGAUGUUCUGCUAUGACGUACGGGUCUGGAUGUGACAUUGACUGUCACUGUAAUGGCACGACUUGUGAUCCUGUGACGGGAGAGUGUCCUUCAGGAUGCCAGGCGGGGUGGACAACAGCGUCGUGUGGACGACUGGAGAAGGCUAAAGACUUCAGCGUGUACACAAAGUACAUUUCCUCAUGUCCAAUCAAAACAACUUUUCUCAAAACCACCGUUGCUAUGGUGACCUUGAGGGAAAUGGAAGUGGUGGUCCUCUUAUCGAGAAUGGACUGCAUGCAUGCCUGUGAUGCACUGACUCUGUGCACACAUUUUGGUUAUGACUUUGGCAACUGUUCGCUGUGGAGGUCGGGGUCCGCUGUUGGUGUUGAUGUGGAAACACGAGAACUGUGGAAGAAGGAGAACUGAAAGUUCACACAGAAUGAAGCCUUUGCCUUAACUAUAAGGACUCAGAAUAUAACUGGUUUCUUACUACCGGGACGCUGUUUGUGUGCGAUUUAAAAAAAAAACACUUUCGUUUACAAAUUGGUUUAAAGCACUGUAAAUACCAAUACUAAUAUGUGAAAUAUAUACACAUAACACGAUAUUGUUGGUUUAAAGCACUGCACAUACUACAUGUUGUUUUAAUUUGGAAACACUGCACAUUAUACGGUUUGCGUACCUUUCAAGAUGUUGUAGUUAGAUAACUCUUAAAAUCUUCUUAUUCUAUAAUCAUAUAGAAUAGACGUUUGUAUUUAUUGUCUCUCUUUCACAAUCUCUCUCAACCACAUGUUCCUGUAAUGUUCAACCACAUCCAUUUCGACUGCUGAUCUUGUUAAUCAGUUAAUAUACCAAUUAUGUACGGAUGUAUAUAUCAAUCUUGUGCUAUUUGAACUUUAUUGUAAGCUGUGUGAAAUAUUUUACAUAAAAAGAGUUG